AUGGAUGUUUCAACUCUGAUACAAAACCUUAAGCAAGAACUAACCUGCCCGGUGUGUAUUCAUCUUUAUAAAGAACCUAAACAGUUGCCAUGUUUACAUAUAUUUUGCCUUGAAUGUCUGAACGGCUUGGUAAACUCAAAUGCUCAUCAAGGCCAGAUUAAAUGUCCUCUCUGCCAGAUUGAAGUCGCCGUACCCGAUUGUGGCACAAUGGAAACUCUGCCAGACUGUUUCUACUUGAAAAAUCUGCUGGAUCUUUUGGUCAUCAAAGAAUGCAACGCAUCGGAGGUGACUUGUGGAAACUGCGACGAGAAAAGCGACGAAGUGUCUUACUGUUUUCACUGUAGCAAGUUUUGGUGCAAAGGCUGUUUAAAUGGUCAUGACAUUUUGAAGGAAAACAAAGAACACCGUGUUAUUGCAUUAAGAGAUUUUAAAGAAGAAGAUUUCGAGAAUGUUGUAAGGCGACCGGCGUUUUGCCAGGAAGACCUUCACGAGAGGAAAGUUCUCAAUUUAUAUUGUAAAAUGUGUCAAGUACCUGUUUGCCAGAAUUGUGUAACUCUCCAGCAUAGUGCACACGAUGUAGAACAUUUGGAACUAACUGUACAGGCGGUGAAGAACAAUAUUGAUUGUAAACUCGACUCUGUGAAGAAAUCAUGUCGGAGAUUUUCAGAUUAUAUACGAGAACUAGAUGAAAAAUUUAGUCUGACAGAUCGGCGGCGCCAACUUGUCAAAGGAAAGAUUCAGGAAACCUUCAAGUCUUUAAUCGUCACUCUGCAGGAACAAGAACGUGAUUUAGUGACCCAACUGGAAGAACAGAGCAACGAAACACAAGAAGACCUCAUGAAACACAAACGUGAAUUUCAAGAAAAAUUGAGCAAGAGCGAGAAAGCGAUCGCGCAUAUUGAACGCCUCGUUGAACGUAGCACAGAAGCAGAACUUGUUACAACGAAAACAGUUAUAGAUGAGCUUUUUCAGCAACUUGGACAGCCACAAGAGAUUCAGCCUCCAGUCAUUGAAAAGAAGAGUUUAACCGUUUUCUUGAAAAACCACGAAGUCAUUAAAGGACUUCAGAAGUCGGGAAUUGGUCACCUAUAUACCACUACUACUGAAACAGACGUAAAGCAGUGUUUGGUUCGUGGUGGUGGCGAAGUUACCGCGGGACUGGAGACAAAGUUUGAAGUGAUUACGAGAAAUUCUGCCGCGGAACAGUUCUACUCCUCUGCGGAUGACAUUGCUGUUGAAAUUAUGGGCACACAAAGUAGGAAACCUGUAGCUGAAUCAAACGUCGUGAACAAGAAUGAUGGAAGGUACGAAAUUUCAUUCAUUCCAAGUAAAGCUGGAAAGCAUGUGUUAUCUGUUGGCAUCAACGGAGAAACUAUCAGAGAUCUUCCUCCCAUACACAUCAAAGAACGCACUUUCAAGCCUAUGGUACAUUUUGGAGAACAAAGCAUAGAUGAAAAAAAAUUGAACUCCCCCUGGGGAGUGACUGUAAAUAACUCAAACGAUAUCUUUGUUACCGACAUGGACAAUAAUCGAGUACUAGUGUUCAAUGACGAAGGGAACUUCGUCAGAUCGUUUGGAGAAAAUUUGCUUGAGGAACCAACAGGGAUAAGCAUUAACAAUAAUGGUGGGAUUUUUGUCGCAAACAGAACAAGUAACAAAAUAUUGCUUCUUGAUCCAGACGGGGACUAUGUCUCAACUGUCAUCAGUGAAGGCUCACUGAAAGAUCCCCGCGGGAUAUCCCUUGAUUCCCAAGGUCACCUUAUUGUGUGUGAUUCGGGAAAUAAGUGCGUUAGAAUCGUCUCCGUUCAAGGAGAAGUCUUAAGUACUUUCGGAGAGGGUUGUUUUCGGAUGCCUUUUGACUGUGUGUAUUAUGAGGACAAAAUCUUUGUAUCUGAUCGUGAGGGCCACAUGAUCAAGGUUUACAGCAAAGAUGGAAAACUUUCACAUGAAUUUGGUGGGCGUGGGACUAGGGACGGGGAACUGUACCACCCUACGGGACUAGCAGUAGACAAAACAGGACACCUCUUAGUCUGUUCCGAGCAUAGUCAUAAGGUACAGACGUUUACUCUCGAGGGCACAUUUGUGUCAAAAUUUGGUACGUCUGGAAAAGAUUUAGGACAACUUGGUCGACCCACUUCCAUAUCUCUACUCAAAAGCGGUCAUAUCGUUGUUUGCGAGUUCGGAAACGAUCGCUUACAAAUUUUUUCGUGAGACUUAAAGAAAUGUUUCAGGAGCAAAUCUCAUGUACCUAUUAAUUUUUUUCUACUUUUAAAUUUGACAGGCAUGAUCAUCCUUUUUUAUAACUUAAACAUUUUUAUGAUAUUAGAGAUCAUUUAAUGUAAACAGGAGAUACCGUUCGCUCCGCGUUAAACUAGAACAAUGAGGUGCAUUUGAUGUAAAAUAGCAUGAAUUAAAGUUAAAUUGUUUCCUCUUAUUCAGUGUUGAUUGGUCGUGCGUCUUAGGCGAGAUCUCUCUCUACGUGCGGGACUAAAUCGCUCGCGCCGCGAUUUAGCAAGCGCCCGCGAAACGAUUAACGUCACGAUCAAAGGGUCAUAAUAGGUUGAUGAUUUUUACGGUUAACGGUUAACUUUCUUCCUUUGUAAUUAAAAGAAAAAUGUUUACGGUUUACUAUUUUUUUACGACAAACGGUUAAAUUUUAUGAAUUUUUACGCUAACGGUUAGAUUUUUUGGCUGUUUUACGGCAAACGGUUGACUCCAUCGAGACCCUCGACUAAUUGUAAAACGUCCUAUAUCUCCUUCAGGAAGGUCUCAGCUUCUAGCGUCAAAAAAUGAAUUCAACCGUGAGAUAUACUGUUACCAAAAUGAGCUCAUUUUCCACGGUCCUUUUUCCUGGAUCAUCAUAAGUUUGAGCAUGAGAAAGUAAAUAUACUUUGAGCUGAAUUUGAUGGGCGGUUUAGAUUUCAUGUUAUGGAAGUGAUCAAACAUUGAGGUGAAUUUUACUGAUAAAAAAAAGGUUAAGGUAUUACUAUAUGGAACUUACAAGUUAAGAUUCCCUUGAUUAAUAAAAGAUUCAAUCGAAGAAAAUCAGUAAAACAUCAAGUUCGCGUGACCAAUAACUGGUUCGCGUGAUGCGUAGACUAAAAGCAGCCAAUCAAAAACGAGAUGGGCUAAUAAUAGUCCUCGUUUCUAGGAAAGACGCCCCCUGAAAUUCUGAAAACCAGUUAAAUAAUCAUCCUUUAGUACGACCUGAAAUUUUUGCUUCAUCCCAGUCGUUUAAAAAUGGAUGUUCCAACUCUAAUGCACAACCUAAGGGAAGAGGUAACCUGUUCUGUUUGUAUUCACUUGUUUAAGGAACCAAAGAAGCAAGCAAAGAUUCCCUUGAUUAAAAAAGAUUCAAUCGAAGGAGAUCAAUCAAUCAUCAAGUUCGCGUGGCCAAUAACUGGUUCGCGUGAUGCGUAGACUAAAAGCAGCCAAUCAAAAACGAGAUGGGCUAAUAAUAGUCCUCGUUUCUAGGAAAGACGCCCCCUAAAAUUCUGAAAACCAGUUAAAUAAUCAUCCUUUCGUACGACCUGAAAUUUUUGCUUCAUCCCAGUCGUUUAAAAAUGGAUGUCCCAACUCUAAUGCACAACCUAAGGGAAGAGGUAACCUGUUCUGUUUGUAUUCACUUGUUUAAGGAACCAAAGCAGCUGCCAUGUUUACACAUUUUCUGUCUUGAAUGUCUGAACGGCUUGGCAAGGACGAACGCUCGCCAAGGCAAGAUUAAAUGUCCUAUCUGCCAGAUUGAAGUCGCCGUACCCGAUUGUGGCACAAUGGAAACUUUUCCAGCCUGUUUCCACUUGAAAAAUCUGCUGGAUAUUCUGGCCAUCAAAGAAUGUAACACAUCGAAGGUGACAUGUGGAAACUGCGACAACAAAAGCGAUGAAGCAUCUUAUUGCUUUCAUUGUUGCAAGUUUUGGUGCAAAGAAUGUUUGAAUGCACACAUUAUUCUUAGAGAAAACAAAGAACACCGAGUUUUAUCGCUUAAGGACUUUAAGGACGAGGACUUUGAUGCUGUUAUCAAGCGACCAGCAUUUUGUUCCAAAGAUUUUCACGAGAGAAAAGUGCUCAAGUUUUAUUGCAAAGUCUGCCAAGUUCCCAUCUGCAAAAAUUGCGUGACUCUGGAACACUGCAAACAUGAUGUGGAACCAUUGGAAAAAAUUUCAGCAGCGGUAAGGAAUCGUAUUGCUUCUAAGCUUGAGGGUGCAAGGAUAGCAUCUGACGAUCUCUCCAACACCAUUCGAAAAAUAGAAGAAGAUAGUUGUCUUGUUGAAAAUCACUUUCAAACUGUCAAACAACAGAUACAGAAAACAUUCAAAACUGCUAUCGAAGCCUUGCAAGACCAGGAACGAGAAUUAAUGAGAGAGUUGGAAACAAAAGCAGAAGAUGUGCAAGAAAAACUCAUAAAAGAUAAAGAAAAUUGUCAAAGUCAGCUGCGAAAGUGCCAAGAAACCGUUUCACAAGUAGCUCGUAUUCUCAAGAGGAGCACAGGGGCAGAACUCGUUCGCACAGAAACUUCCGUGAGUGAGCUGUUUCAAGAGGUCAACGAAGGGGGACCCGUUCCCGUUAGCGUGAGCCCAUUUCUCAAGAAUGUAUUUUUACAAAACCAGGAUCUCCAUGAAAUACUUCAAAACAACAGACUUGGUCGUUUGGUUGAAAGUUCAACAGUGCUCAGUGGAAAGAUUUGA